AUGGAAGAAAGGAACUCUGACAUAAAGAACCAAGGAAAUGAUAAUCUUGUAAUUGCUCUUGUGUCAACACCAUUGGAUGGCAAUAACUAUCUUUCGUGGGCAAGAUCGAUCGAAAUUGCCCUUGGAGCGAGGCAGAAACUAGGAUACAUAGAUGGAACAUGUGAAAAACCAACUGAAGGCAAGGAGGCCAUGGAACAAUGGAGGAAAAAUGACUACAUGGUUGUAUCAUGGAUCCUCAAUUCUAUUUCAAAAGGAAUUGCAGAGGCAUUCUUAUAUGGAAGAUCAGCCAGGGACUUGUGGGUAGAACAUGUAAUGCGGUUCGGUGAAAGUCAUGGACCUUUGCUGUAUCAGAUACAAAGAGAUAUCAGCUCCAUGUCACAAAGAAACAUGAGUAUGGCAGAGUACUUCACUAAACUCAAAAGAUUGUGGGAUGAACUGGUGUCCCUUGAUCCAUUGCCCGUUUGCUCUUGUGGAGCAAGCAAGAAAAUUUCAGACAGAACGGAAGCCUACCAAUUAAUUCAGUUUCUGAUGGGACUUGGCGACCCAUAUGACCACGUGAGAAACCAGAUUUUGCUCAUAGACCCUUUGCCACUGCUGCAAAGGCGUACUCUAUAG